CACCAUGUUCUGUAGCAACAAACCGUCGUGAUCAUUGCUCGGCGCCCACGAGUCCACAAAACAACAUGUCCCUGCGCAGGAGAGCGUGCAAUGCUUGCCACACUGGCCGGCGGAAGUGUGACCUUGACCUGCCGAGCUGUGGAUCCUGCUGUCGGGCUGGAAAAGACUGCCGCUAUCUGUACGCCCCCAUCCAAAGUACGUUGACUCAACUACCCCGACCAGAGCGGGAUGGUCACGCACAUGGCGACUCUGGGGAGUCAGCAUCAAGAGCUCGGCAUCAUGGGGUGGCGGACGUCGCUGGGCGACGAAAACGGCAGGCAAAGGUGGCCUCGCGAGCAAGGCUCAACACGAUACUGUCCUCAGCAACGCACUCCAUGGACGCGGCAGACUAUGUCCCGGACUCUGGUGGCAUGAAUCGCAGUUCAAGGUAUCGGAUCGAAGUAUCCUCGUUGGCAGGGAUUGAUAGCUCGGUUACGGCCGUCACUGGCCAUUCCGAACCCAUAUCGCCAGACUUUGAAGGCGAACACCACCGCCAUGAAGCAGUCUCUGAGACAGCGCCUUGCUUAUGGCUGGACAGUAGCAUCGAUCUCAACCCAGACUCAUCACCCAGCAGAACGAGUGACACAGACCCAUUCUCGGGUGUGAGCACAGGCAGAACUGCAGCAGGCUCACCUUCAUCACUUCCCGCCACCAACGAUACUCCCUCUACAACAUCAACUCGACGAAGCUCUCCGCAAAUGGCGUCUCCCAAGCCCUCGGCCCCCAAUUUCGUGGGACCCCUCGGCAUCCCGCAGCCUGUCGUGGGCAGGACAGAAAGCUGGCGAUGGGCCAUUGAGCAGUUCAAGUCGCUGCCCCGCGAGUUUGCACAGCGCGGUGAGACCAUCUUCUUGCCCAAGCAUCUCCACUUAUACAGCCGACAUGAUGGCGACCGCGGCGGCAGCGGAACGGUGGUGCCUCUCCCACGGACCAUCAGGGCUGCGCUUGGUGUUGCAUCUGCGUAUGCCGUGGCCGGCGAGGACAACAGGGACAUGCUCUUCCAGAUCGUCAGCGCAGAGGUCUUGGAGCUCAUGCUGCUCCUGACGUCCUCUGCGAACGGGGUAACAGAGGGCCCUUCUGUGCUGGAGGAGCUGGCCCAGCUUCAGGCGCUGCUGAUCUAUCAGAUUAUCCAGCUGUUGUGUGGCGGGAUCGAGCAGCGCGUCAUGGCCGAGCAGCAGCGCGACAUCACGCUCAUGGCGGCGCUCCGGCUUGUCCGACGAGUCAACCGGACCACGUCGAAGACCGAGGGCGGCGGCGGCGAGUCGCACGUGGAGCAGGACCAGAGCUGGCACGACUGGGUUGUCGCCGAGUCGGUCCGCCGCACGGUGCUCCUGCUCUUCUGUCUCUUCACCAUGAACGACGUCCAUCGCCACGGCGUAUGCCUGGCGUUUGACGCGCUCUCGCAGCUGCCCGUGACGAACCGGAGUGAUUUGUACUGGGACAUGGCCGAGGCUGAGUUCUCCCGGGCACAACAUGAAGGCGGUGACGAGAAGACGAGCCGUGGCAAGCAGACGGUGCAGUAUGCACGUUUCACCCAGGGCUGGUUGGACGCCACACCUAGACGGCUUGGUCGCUUUGAGACGAUGGUACUGGUCAUGUGUAAAGGUCUGGAUAUAGUCAAAGCGCACAGCCUGCCCUAGCUGGCCCGUCGAGGCUCCAUGUCUGGGACUGCGGGAUCACAUUUUCUGAAAUAUCCUAAUGGCGGUGGCGAAUUUCUUCUCAGGCCGUGACUAGCUUGUCCGAUGCAAUGAAACAAACGGCCCACAGUAGAAUCCUGCUUGCAAAUGACGAAUCCGCGCAUAGGAUCAUGUCCGUAUACUGGCUCGUGAUGAAUACGUAAGCGGAUCUGACAGUUACAUCCCCGUCGGGAUCCCCC